AUGUUCCUUGGCAGCCUGGAUGUGGCAUUCUUCUACGGCGCAGGAGCGUUGAGCGCGGAAGGGCAACCUUCAGAAUGGAUGAUCCAGGAGGACGGGCUGUUUCGGUCCAGCUCCAAUGUGAACCUCCGGGAGCCCUGGAAUCGGGAGCGUCUGCACCUCCAGCUGGAGCGCUCCCUCUGGGCUCGGGACGCUGGCGAUGAGCUCCGGGAUGAGAGCGACGUGCUGGGCUGCGGUUUGGCGAGCCCUCGGCUCGCACCCUUGGAGGACGUCUACUGGCUGAAUAAGCUGGGCCUGCGCUUUAGGUCGCAGGUGAAGUCUAAGAGGCAGCACUUGGUCGCCAGCCAACUCUACGAGCUGCGACUGGACGUGUGCCGGGUCUCGCUUUUUCAAGCCAAAGGCUCUGGAGAGGCCCGGCUGACGCCUUUGGACGCCCUGGACUCGCGGGAGGGCCGCUGCGCCGGCGAGCUCCAGGAGCUGUUUCACCGAUACUCGCGAGAGCUGGACGGGGACGUGACAGGGCAACUGGACAGCCGCCUGGACGCCCUUGUGGAGCAGUGCCGACCGCUGCGCGCUGCCCUGCUGGAGGAAGAGACCCGGCCGCAGCCGGUGGAGCACGUCCUCGCUGCAGCGCGCGAGGCAUACCGGGGUAACUUGCAGGAGCGGCAGAAGCUUAGGGCCCGGCGAGAUGACAAGGAGACCACUUUCGAGCAAAUCUGCAAGAAUCUCUAUGCCAAAUGGCGCGAGCUAUGUCAGGUGCGCCAGGACUAUGGCUUUACCUCUACGCCGUGGCGGCUCACGGCGCAACCCCAGGAAAACGACCCUGCAGCGGAUCAAGAUCGCCGGGCGAAGAACGUGGACGCGGAAGUGGAAGAGGUGAGCUACUUGCAAGGGGUUCCGGUGGAUCAACUCCGUGGACGGCUGCAACAGAAGUGGGACAUGUCCAAGCGCGCUCCAGGCGCCACCUCGUACCGCUUCGACCUCUCGGCCACUGCGCAGGUCACCUCCACGGAGGCGCUACGCUCCCGAGCCUUCGAGGGCUACGUGGGGGAGGCAGAGGCCACACUGGCGGCGGAGGACCUAAGCCGGCGGCAGCUGGCGGGCCGCGUGCGGCUGCGCGUGGAGUGCCGGGUGGCAGGGAAUUUGGUGGGCCGCAGCCCACCCAUGGCGCUCUGCUGGGACACCGGGGGCACAGCUUCGGCGGUGACCCUGCUGGAGGAGGCGGGGAAUCCUCGUCCUGCCCACAGCUUUAACCUGGCGGUGCACGUCAUGCCGCAGCACUUGGCCCUCGCAGUCUACGUGUCAGCGGGAGGCUGGUCGCGCUGGCACCCGACCAAGGAAGUGGAAGUAGAGCUCCCCUCCCUCGGCAAAGUGACUCACGCAGCUACGCUGGAGCAACGCCUUCUGUUUGGACAAGGAUCUGAGGAUUAUGAGGAGAGCAUUCUAUCGCAGAACUUCAAAGGGGAGCUGGCGAUUUGCAUCUCCUGGCCAGGUGGAGGCGGUGACUUCGUGGUACCCCCAUCGGCUCCGCCCAACCCGGACAGCCAAGGAAAGCGGAGCUGUUGGCCUUGCUCCUCUGUCGAGCCAUCACCCGUCGAGCGCAAAGCUGAGGAGAGAAGACGCUCAUGGACACCCAGGGGACAGCGCCGGGCCAGUUGA